AUGGGAAAGGCCAAAAAGACAAGAAAGUUUGCUGCUGUUAAGCGUACAUUAUCUCAAAAAGAUCCACGUUUAUCUAAGAAGCAGAACCAGAACCAGAAAUCCAGUAUCAAUAGCUUCUCUUCCAAAAAGGAUGAUGACCUUGAGUUGACCAAACAUAUUCCACAAGUGUCUUCUGGACUAUUCUUCAAAUUUAACGAGGCUAUACGACCCCCUUACCAAGUAUUAAUUGACACGAAUUUCAUCAAUUUCAGUAUUCAAAAGAAAAUCGAUAUAAUAAGAGGACUCAUGGACUGUUUGAUGGCCAAAUGUAUACCAAUAAUUACAGAUUGUGUUAUGGCGGAACUUGAGAAAUUAGGUAGUAAAUAUAGAAUAGCUUUGAAACUAGCUAAGGACCCUAGGAUUCAAAGACUAAGCUGUUCUCAUUCUGGAACAUAUGCUGAUGAUUGUUUAGUAAAUCGAGUUAUGCAACAUAAAUGUUAUAUUGUUGCAACCAAUGACGCAGAUCUAAAGAGAAGGAUUAGGAAAGUUCCAGGAGUACCAUUGUUGAGUGUAGGUCUGCAUUCUUACGUUGUUGAACGAUUGCCCGAUAAGAGAUCUUUGAGCAGGUUACGAAAUGGCGCUGGUAUUGGAAAUGGGCACGUCACAACGGAUUUACCAAAUUCGGUUGAGCCAAUCCCCCCCCAUGAAUUUCAUGAGUCUAUUAUCCAGAAAUUGAGAAAUCUUCUUCAGAAGUUAGAUCAGUUUAGAAAUAUCCCAAUUCCUGCAUCAUAUCAAAUAUCGUUAUCGUCGAAUCGACCUUCAAUUAGUACACUUGAUUAUAAUAAUUACAAGGGCAACAAUAGUUCAAUACCUCAUCAAGAUGGAUGUAUUCUCACCAAUGAGUAUUAUACGUUACUAUGUCAGUACAACAAAGUCUACGAGCUAUUAAUUCAAAAGAACAAUGAGAUGAAUAUUUUCAAGUAUAGUAUGAAUGAAGGUAUUUUAAUGAUUAUGAGUGAUAUUGAAAUGGACGCAGCUAAACGAAUUAAAAGAGGGUCAGUUACUUUAAUGAAAAAGCAUAAUAAAGAGGGGAAGAGGAAAAGAGUUGAUGAAGCAGGAGGUUGUACUGCUGGUCCAGUCGAUGAUAGUAAUGUCAAUGCUAUUAAUGAAAUUAGCAAAAAAUUGAUGGAUAUUUUCAAUCCCGAAGAGGAAUUUGAGUCUACUAUUUGUUCAUCCAUUUUAGAUUAA